AUGCAAGUAGGACCACAAAAUGUAGUUCAAGUUAUCACGGACAAUGCACCCGUUUGCAAGGCAGCAAGUAUGCUCAUUAAUUUGGCUUUGAAGAAUAUAUGUGCUGCUAAGAAUAUCGAGUCUAAUGAGGAUGUAUAUGUUGAGUGUCACUGGAUUACAGAGGUUGGAGACAAAGCACUAAUGAUUAAGAAUUAUAUUCUUAAUCAUAAUAUGGUUUUAACAAUGUUUAAUCAAUUUGCUCCUUUAAAACUUAUUUCUAUUGCUCAAACGAGAUUUGCUUCGAUACUUGUCAUGCUCAAAAGAUUUAAAUUAGUGAAACGAGCACUUGAAUCAAUGGUUCUUUGUAAUGAGUGGAAAUUCACUGCUCCUAUUUAUGAUAUGCUUCGUUUUGCGGAUACCGAUAGACCUUCACUUCAUUUGAUAUAUGAUAUGUGGGAUGAUAUGAUAGAGAAGGUAAAAAAUAUCAUAUAUAGGCAUGAAGAGAAAGAGCUCACGGAGGGUUCUGAAUUUUAUGAUGUAGUCUAUGCAAUACUAACAGAUAGAUGGACUAAAAGCUCUUCACCGCUUCAUUGCUUUGCUCAUUCACUAAAUCCGAGGUAUUAUAGUGACACAUGGCUUAGUGCCUCUCCAAAUCGUAUUCCUCCUCAUCUUAAUAUUAAGCUAUCGGAAGAAAGAAAUAAGUGCCUCAAACGAUACUUUCCAUCAAGUGAAGCAAGAACAGCGGUAAAUAUUGAAUUUGCUCGCUUUUCGGGGCAAAUGGAUAUUUUUGGUUGUCCCGAUUCCGUGGAAGAAAGAGGCAUUAUGGAACCACGAAUGUGGUGGAUUGUUCGUGGAGCUUUAGCACCAAAUCUCCAAAAAAUAGCUUUGAAACUAUUAUGCCAGCCUUGUUCUUCUUCUUGUUCUAUCAUGGAACCUAAAAGAAUGCAAGGUAAGAGUUUAAGCAGCGCACUAAACGACCUUGUACAAAGGACCGAGGGACAUUCAGAAGAUCCUUUGCAAUUGUGUAACUCUAUCGAGGAAAUUGAUUUGGACCUUGAUGAUGUCAUGAAUGUUAAUAGUGUACCAAACACUAACCCCGAUGAUGAUGAUGAUGAGACACAACCCCCGUCUGGGGAGAAAGAUGGAGGUACUUGUGUUUUUGCUUAA